CACAACUAGCCGGCCAAUACCAGAAGCGAAAAAAAAAAAAAAAACCCGCUCCAAAAACAUUCUUCUCCUAGCGUUUAAACCAUGGCUUUUUCUCAGUCUUGUUUCAUUCUGUCUAUGAUCAUGGCAUUGCUAUUCUCAAGCGCCGAAAUGAGUCUUGCAGCUCGUCAUCUUUUGGAUACACCAGCUGCUCCACCCCCAGCGUUGACACUGCCUCCAAUCCCAUCUCUGCCAAAGGCGACCUUGCCUCCACUGCCCUCUGUGCCAUCGCUGCCUAAAGCCACGUUGCCACCACUACCUAGCAUGCCAUUGCCUACUUUGCCGACUCAACCUACUCUUCCAAAGCCCACAUUGCCACCAUUGCCCACAAACCCAUUGCCAACCCAACCAACUCUUCCAAAGUCCACAUUGCCACCGCUCCCAAGCACCCAACUCCCAACACUGCCAACAAUGCCUACCGUCCCCAAGGUUGCACUACCUCCGUUGCCAACUAUUCCACUGCCCACCAUUCCAACCACAAUCCCUUCCAACAUUCCAACGACAAUCCCAACAAUUCCUUUCCUUUCCCCACCACCAUCAAACUAGACUCUGGACCUUGAGAUGCCACACUGUCAUUCUUCGUUCGUAUGUUUCUUUGCUCGGCCAGUUGUUAUGCUAUUCUCGAUAAUGUUAGAACCUACCCCUUGUUCUUGUGUUGAGAGUACUUUUCACAAUCUUGAGGGGUUCAGUUGUAUUUGUGUGUAUAAGAGAAUAUGAUGUUUAAUUUCUGUAGCUUUCAAGUUAUUCUUUGGUUAUCUCAGAAGCACUUGUGAGUGCUAUUAUAUUGUAAUCGUCCUUAUGACUAUUGAUUAAUACACGAUAUCUUUUUUGUUUUGUUA